GCGGCAGGUUUCGGCGUCACACACAGUAACCGCUGGGGUUCCUCGCGCGCGCCGCAGGGGGGAGAAGAGCUGUGUGUUUAUAUCAAAAACAUCAAAACUUAACCAGUCUUCGGUUAAAAAACACCUCUAGUCCAAAACAAAACACCAAUUACAGCAGACAGCAGCCCGCGUGAGCGCCGCUUUUCGUUUUUUUUUGCGUCCCACAUCCAGGUGACCUGAAAGAGAUGGUGAUGGAGAAACCGAGCCCUUUGCUCGUAGGGCGCGAGUUCGUCAGGCAGUACUACACACUCCUGAACAAAGCACCAGAUUACCUUCACAGGUUCUAUGGUAGAAACUCGUCAUACGUUCACGGUGGUUUGGACGGCAGCGGAAAACCUGAAGAAGCUGUGUACGGUCAGGCUGAGAUCCAUAAGAAGGUGAUGUCCCUGCAGUUCAGCGAGUGUCACACUAAGAUUCGACACGUGGAUGCUCACGCCACUCUGGGGGACGGGGUGGUGGUGCAGGUGAUGGGUGAACUGUCCAACAGGGGACAACCCAUGAGGAGGUUCAUGCAGACGUUCGUCCUUGCACCUGAGGGUUCUGCGGUGAACAAGUUCUAUGUACACAAUGACAUUUUCCGUUAUGAGGAGGAAGUGUUUGGAGACUCUGAGGCAGAGCUGGGAGAGUCUGAGGAAGAGGAGGCAGAGGAAGAGCAGGGGGAGGCCCACACUUCUCCUGAGCCUGCACAGGACACUGCACCUUACUAUGAGCCUCCACCUGUCAGUAAUGGUGUGGAGGAGCAGCAGGACGAGGCAGGCCCUGAGGCAGAACCAGAACCCCAGCCUGAGCCUGAGGCCAAUCAGGAGGUAGAGGCAGAACUUAGUGCUGAGGGAGAGCUUCAGCCUGAGGAGGUUGAGCCUGAUAUUGAAGAAAAACUUCCAGAAGAAGUAGAGGAGAAACCCCCAACCCCAGUAUCAGCCCCCACUCCACCCCCGCAGACCCCCGAACCACCCAAGCCGUUCUCUUGGGCCUCUGUUACAAGUAAGAAUUUGCCACCCAGCGGCUCUCUACCCACCUCUGGCAUCCCGCCUCAUGUAGUAAAGGCCUCAAGUGUACCGCCCAGAGUGGAGGUAAAGCAGGAUUCCCACGCUCCGUUGCCUAGAGACCAGCGGCGUGAGAGACCUGGGUUCACACCACGUGGACCUAGACCAGAUGGCGCUUCAGCUGAGGCUCAAACUGGGAAACCUUACUUUGGGUUUAAAGGGCGCGGGGAAUCAGAAGGAGGUGAUGCUGAAGGGCGCAGGACCGUGCGUCACCCUGACAGUCAUCAGCUGUUUGUGGGAAAUCUUCCACAUGACAUAGACGAGGGAGAGCUGAAGGAAUUCUUCAUGAAGUUUGGGACGGUGGUGGAGAUGCGCAUUAACACAAAGGGUGUUGGAGGGAAGCUGCCCAACUUUGGGUUUGUUGUGUUUGAUGACUCGGACCCUGUGCAGAGGAUUUUGGCAGCCAAGCCCAUCAUGUUCCGUGGGGAGGUUCGUCUGAAUGUGGAGGAGAAGAAAACUCGAGCCGCCCGAGAGCGGGAGACCAGGGCCACUGGAGACAGUCGCCGUGGAGACCGUGGCCCCAGGGGUAUCAUGGGUAACGGGAUGGGGCGUGACCGUGACGGGCGUGGCCCACCCCCAUCCUCCUCCAGGCCCACCAUCGGUUCAGGCCGAGGUAGCGGAGAGAGUCGCUUUGCCGGGCCACGACGCUGAGUGGGCGGAGUCUUCUUGAAUCACGCUCACUCGCUCGCUCUCGUCACAUCAUUGGGCCGAAAAUUUAUAAAAAAUAAUUUUUUCCCUUUACUUUGUUUUUCCGUUUCCUUUUCGGAAUGUGACCGGCUAUCAACAACAGCAGCUACGAUGAUAAGAACCACCCUUUGAUGUGAAAGUUUAAAAAAGCAGAACUCUCUCUCUCUCACACACACACACACACACACACACACACACAAAGCAUUUUGAAAAUUCAUCGCUUUCUCUUUCAGGUUUUGUUUAUUCCUGUUUUGUUUUCUUUGCAAGAAAAAUGGGGGCGUGGCUUAUUUUCUGUUGAACAAAGAGAUGGAAGUGUGACAUGGGGGAACUGUUGAAUCGCACGUUUUAUAAUGGACAUGAACGUCAAUGCUUCAGAAAAAAUGGAAGAGAAAAAACGCUCGCUGUACACUUAUUUAUUUUGUUAGUUAAUAAAAAAAACAACAGUGGUGGUGCCUUAAACUGUUCUCUCGCCCGUCUCUCUCUCUCUCUCUCUCUCUCUCUCUCUCUCUCUCUCUCUCUCUCUCUCUCUCUGUCAUAUCCUGUGAAAGACAAAAGGACUAAACUCAUCAGGACUCAGGCAUGUGCCGAUGUUAAAUUAAACAAUAUUAUUGUGCUGAUAUUGUUUACUGGACCCUCUGCAGCAUCUCCUUCGUGGUUGCCUCGAGUGAGACGGACUUCUGGCGCUGCUGCCUUCACAGAUCCAAAGUACGGACCCUGAAGAAGACACUGUUCAUGUUCUGUGUUCUUAAACAGACAGACUUUAUUUGGGGAGUCAGCGUUUAUUUGUUCCUUUUCCUCUCCCUGUUAAAUGCCUGUGAUCGUUGAUCGGCACAUGCCUGGUCACGUGGAACAGUUCGGCCGUAAAUAAAACGUGCGCCUUGUUUUUUUAACCCCCUCAAGUUUCAGAAGCUUAGUUUUGAAUUACACUAAUGCUAAUCUAGCUAACAGUUUAUACGUUAUAGCUACCAGAUUAGUGUUAUGCUCACCUUAUGACAUUGAUGCAUAAAAAAACAAAAUCAUGAAAUAGCAAACUGUUUUUGUUUCAUAUGAACAUCAAAUGUUCCUACAAGCCCGGCCUUCAUGAUCUAUGCCCCGCCCCCAACCUGACUGAUGUACUGAUGAAAGUUUGUAUUGGUAGAAAACUACAGUUUUACAUUUUUAUCUCUGUGACGUUCUAUUUGUGGAUGUUUCUAGACACGUGUCGUACGAUGCGUCAUGCUCAGCUGGUAGCUGGAAGUGCGUGUUAUUUGUUAGCUACAUUAGCCUUAAAGCUCCAGUGUGAAACUUGGCUGAUCGAAUGUAUGCUGUACGUUUCAUUUAGGGCUGAACCGUUCUUUUAGCUUGUUGCUAACCGCGUGUGUGAUGGUCAGGCAGUGUUAGCGGUACUGAGCUCAGAAUAGUACUGUCUUUACGAUAGCGUACGUUUUGUUUAGUUUGAGAGCGGCUUGCUGAAGCCGAGCUUGUUUCCCUGCAGUAUUCCACACUUUAUUAUUUCCUGGUCACAAACCACUUUGCACGGCCGGUUUACGCUCUUAUUUUUAGAAUUCUUUUUUUUUUUUUUUUUAACACUGCGUUAUAAAGUUGGCACUUUUUCUUUUUGAUUUUGUAUUUAGUUUUACUCUCCUCCUCCUCCUCCAGCCUGUACUUGGGUGUACCUGGGUGUUGAUCUCCCGUUGGCUUCAGCAGGUUCCGUCUGAAUGUGUUUUCAACUUUCAAUAAACUACUGAUGAUCUGCAA